GACGGUCUGAGAUAUCACCGCCAAGCUGGGAACCGGGGAGAUGGCCGAGACUGACCCCAAGACUGUGCAGGAUCUCACCUCCGUGGUGCAGACACUCCUGCAACAGAUGCAAGAUAAACUUCAGACCAUGUCCGACCAGAUCAUUGGAAGAAUCGAUGACAUGAGUAGUCGCAUUGAUGACCUGGAGAAAAACAUCGCAGACCUUAUGACACAGGCUGGCGUGGAAGAACUGGAAGGGGAAAACAAGAUACCUGCUACACAAAAGAGUUGAAGGUUGCUAAUUUACACUGGAAUCUGGAACAUUGUUUUUAUAAGCCAAGAAAAGACCAGAUGGCUUUUUGCAACUAAUUGCUAUGUGUAGACAGGGUUUAUGUUGUAAAGCGUGCAUUCUUCUUAUCACUUACUAUAUAUUUAGUCGGUAGAGUGGUCCCCCUCCCCCCUUUCUUGAACAUGAUAACUUAACACCUCAGAUCUUGGUCAGUUGUGCUAUUAAAUAUUAAACACUAAAACUUUGGCGGUUCUUCCAUAAAAUUGUCAAAUUUUUUAGUGUAUUUUUGUGAAGUCAUUUUUUUCUAUCAUUCUUUUUGUAGUAGUUGCUGUUUGAUAAGAGUUGCUGUGUAAUUUUUUUCUAUUAGACAUAUAGUCGGUUAUUCCUUUAUAGUUAGACUUUGUAAAGUAAGACAUUUAUAGAGUUUGGGGUUCUUUGACUUUCAACAGUGUGAUGAACUAACACCAAAUAAUGUGUUGGUAAUACUUUUCCAGUAGUUGAGAACAUUUAAAAAUUGUUUAUUCAGAAAUACCUGGCACUACUUGUUGCCAAAACUCAGACUUGAACCAUGAUUUUGUCUAAGUCUUUGAGGUCAGAUGCUGAAGUAAUGAACAGUAACCACUGCCACUUUAGCGUGAGAAUUUUUAAAUAUGGAAAAUGAUAGAAUUGCCUAAUGUAAUGAGGCAUUCAUCAGUUAGAGUUCUGCAUGAGAUUUGAAUACUUGAGUAGGACCUUACAUUGUUCAUCUACAAUAGUUACCCUACAAAAUGUGGCAGGAUUUUAAAACUCAGUUGCUCCAUCUGUUCUGCGAAUUACUGAUUGGAAAAAAGGAACAGAAAAGGAAAAGAGACUAUGCCAGUUGCUUCACUAGAAAAUAAUAAGAGACUUGUGAUAGGCUCAAGUUUUUUAAGAAAUACUGUUUCUUUAAACUACUACUUACCUAAACUGCAGAGUAAUGGUUUUAUUAUUCAUGAUAGAAGAAAGGGAUAACUCUUGCAACUCAAAAAUGUAGUGUCGGGAAUGCUAAGCCUAAAGGCCAGUAUUGACUGGAGGAGAUCCAUGUGAUUGUCACAGCAAAGUGUUCAUAGAAAAAAGUGAAAAAUGGACUUUUUCGGUGACUGUUAGAUUUGCGCUUAAUGAUUUUUUUUUGUUUCCUAUAUCACUAGAUUCGAUUGUAUUGCAAAUAUAUAAUAAUAUUAAAUAAUUUUUCCUAUUUAUAAAUUAUAUGGAAAA